UUUUUUUUUUUUGAGUGUGCCUGCCUCGAACGGAGUAGCUGAGCGUGAACGUUAGGAACACUCCAUCACAAUAGUAAUGGGAAAGAAAAGUCGCCUCGCAGGAGGAGCCGUCGGCCGGAGAACGAUCCUACAGCUCUCUCCUCCCGGGAAUCGCGGUGGGAUUACAGGAGAAAGGGAAGAAGCGAACUCAGGAUCCGAUGAUGAACAGGACGGUGAUGGACACAGAUUUGUGAGACACACCAGCCUGAAGGCACCAACAGUAAAAGCCACAGAGGGUUUGUCAUUGCUUGGGGCCUAUGAGGACAGCGACGAAGAGGAUGCUGCAAACCGUUCAGCUGCUCAUUCUCAACAAAGCCAGCCUGCGGACAUCGACAGUACAUUGGCCAAUUUCAUGGCUGAAAUCGAUGCAAUCACAACUCAGCCAAGUACAGAUGAUGCAGCAGCUCCUGCUCCAAACGCUGCCCCACCCAAACCUGAAAGUAAAACUCAGCAGCCAGCGGAGGACGGACAGGAUCAACAAGGCACAGAUUUUGAGUACAAUACACAGUACUCAUUAGCUGGAGUGGGUGUGGAGAUGGGCGACUGGCAGGAAGUAUGGGACGAGAACUCUGGUUGUUAUUACUACUGGAACACUCUGACCAAUGAGGUGUCUUGGGAACUGCCAAACUAUUUAGCUGAUCAGGUGCAAAGCCUGGGUCAUUAUGCAAACAGCGUCAAUGGAAAUGGCUCAGCCCACACAGGUUAUUAUACCGAGAAAAAUCCUGCUCCUKCCACAACGCCAACAGCCCCAGUGGAAACCAAAGUGAAGGAGGUAAUAGAAAGUGUUGUAGGUCUUACAAGUGAGGAGGAGGAGCGCCAGGGAGUGGCUGCGUCCCUCCUCGGUCCACUGAUCCCUUCUGAAGUUAAAGAAGCAGAGGAAAAAUGGAGGAAACGGUUGCUUAAAGGUUUGGAUGAAACAGAGAACAGUUUGGAUUCUGACGGAGAGGGUGUAAAGCCUUCUGGAUCCCCUUCUAUACCCUUUCUGGAUUUGGACUCCGCCAUCACAGUCCAGAAAGAUGCUGGCACCAAGAAGAUGUCGAGAAACAACUCUGAUUGUGAAGACGAGCCAGAGGAGGACACAGUGGACCUGGAGCUGGCUCUAGAGAGGAAGAAGGCUGAGCUUCGGGCGCUUGAAGAGGGUGACGGSAGUGCAGGGGGCUCCAGUCCAAUGUCAGAAGCUAGUCAAGAAGCUGCUGGAGCUCUUGGUCUGCUACAGAAGAAGAGGUGGAAAACUGUCUUCCCGUGUGUUGCCAGCCCCGAUUCUAACAGCCAAGGCUCAGACUUACUGGACAACACAGAGCCGGCACCUCCUAAAGUCUUAGAAGGUGUUGCAGAAGAAGAGGACAGGGAGGUAGAAAAGUCUGAGGAUUUAUUGGUUCCAAAAAUUCUCGUCAAAGAAGAGGAGGAGACCCCUGAGCUAAAGUUUCAGAUUGGAGAACUGGCUAACACCUUAACAAGCAAGAUGGAGUUCCUGGGUAUAAACAAGAAGACUAUCUCAAAUUUUCACUUACUUCUGCUCCAAACUGAGACACGGAUUGCUGACUGGAGGGAAGGAGCUCUGAACGGGGUCUAYCUUCGCCGCAAGCUGCAAGAAGCUGCUGAACACAUAAAAUAUUAUGAACUUAACGCCACCCCUAAAGGCUGGUCCUGCCACUGGGACAGAGAGCACAAGCGGUAUUUCUAUGUGAGGGAGCGGACCGGUGUCUCCCAGUGGGAGUUCCCRACAGAGGAGGACGAGGAGGAGGACCCCAAAGACAGUCCGUGCACACAGACGCAGGCUCUGAGUCAAGGGGAUCCCAAAACAUUUGGAUCGGCUGGUGCUGUUGCAGCAGACUCUUCUGCUGCUCCACCACAACCACCACCACCACCACCCAGUUCCUCCUCCUACUGGUCUCCAUCCCAACCCCCGCUUCCCGAUAGCCCUCCUCCGCCCUCCAACAACCCUCCGCCUCCACCUCUGCCCCCAGAAUCGCCCCCUCCACCCCCUCCGCCUCCUGACAGCGAUGAAGAGAUUAUGGAAGUGGAAAUGGAGAUGGACGAUGACGACGAGGAACCUCCAGCUCCUGGAACAGAGGAGGACAGCGGGAGGUCUGGCAUGAAGAUUAUUGAUUCGAAUCCUUUGGGGAAAGGUCAGAAACGUAAAGCGGGUCAGAUGAAUAAAACCAUUACGAUUGGAAGCAGUCCCAUUAUCUACACUCAGACAGCUGUUUGUGCAGCGCCUAUGAUGUCAGCAACCGCAUACUGGGGUGUGCCAGCUGUGACUACUCCUUUAAUCCCAGUAGAACUUCCUGCACCCCCACCCAUACCUGCCCCUCCUCAGCCACCACUGCCACCAUCCCAACCUGCGUAUGAACCUCCUACAACCAAAGCUCCAGUUGUGGACAAGACUAAGAAACCAAAAAAAGAUAAGUCGAAGAAGAGUAAGACUAAAAUGCCUUCACUAGUAAAGAAGUGGCAGAGCAUCCAGAAAGAGCUGGAUGAAGAAGAGAAGAGCAGCUCCAGCGAUGAAGACAGAGAUCAGCUCAACAAAAAGAGCAUCGAGGACUGGAAACUGCAGCAGCUCGUGACGGGUAAGGCUUCGAAGAAUGCCAACUUUGAGGUGCUUCCUGAAGACUGGCGAGAACGCCUCAAGAAACGAAAGAUGAUGAAUAGCACGUAACAGAGUCUAGGCCAAGUUUGUAGAUCUGCAUCGUUGAUUCGUCCUUAACAAGCGACAAAUAUUUAAUACUGAGUGGGAAUAAUUUGUUUUAUAUUUGUUCAUAAAAGAGACAUUUACAAGCACUUGCUUGACCGGCCAUUCUCACUCCGAGGGGUUUGACUGUCUUGUUCUUUUGUUUUUGUAUUUGCGAGUAUAAUUGUGCCAAAUGUGCCAUGGUAAUACUUUUUUUUGUCACAUUUUUGUACAGACACAGUUCAAAUGUUCAUCAAAGUUUCUUUGGCAGAAUUGUGUAUUUUAUAGUGUUUUAAUACCAUGUAUAUAAAAAUGAAACAAAAAA